AUGGCGGAGCACUUGGCUUCGAUCUUCGGCACUGAGAAGGACAGGGUCAACUGCCCUUUUUACUUCAAGAUUGGGGCUUGUCGUCAUGGGGAUCGCUGCUCUCGUCUGCACAACAGGCCAACUAUAUCGCCAACUCUUGUGCUUGCUAACAUGUAUCAGCGCCCUGAUAUGAUAACCCCUGGAGUUGAUGCUCAAGGCCAACCCAUUGAUCCUGAGAAGAUGCAGGAGCAUUUUGAGGACUUCUAUGAGGACAUUUAUGAGGAGUUGGGCAAGUUUGGCGAGAUUGAGAAUCUGAAUGUUUGUGAUAACCUUGCUGACCACAUGAUUGGGAAUGUCUAUGUCCAGUUCAGGGAGGAAGAACAGGCAGGCGCAGCAUACAAUGCUCUUCAGGGGCGCUUUUACUCUGGCCGCCCUAUAAUUGUUGAGUAUUCUCCCGUGACCGACUUCCGUGAAGCAACCUGUAGGCAGUUUGAGGAGAACAGCUGCAACCGUGGUGGCUACUGUAAUUUCAUGCAUGUGAAGCAAAUUGGCAGGGAUCUCAGGAGGAAGCUGUAUGGGCGUUCUGCUUCCAGGAGGUACCAUGGGAGAAGCCGAAGCCGAAGCCCCCCACCACAAAGGAGGGGCCAUCGUGAUCGCGAUGACUACCACCACCGUGACCGUGAUGAUUACCGUGGCGGCGGCGGCGGUGGACGAGGAAGAGGUAGCAGGCAUGAUAGGUAUGAUGAUGGAGCAGGCAGAGGCGGCAGGCAUGACAGGUAUGAUGAUGGAGCAGGCAGAGGCGGCAGGCAUGACAGGUAUGAUGAUGGAGCAGGCAGAGGCGGCAGGCAUGACAGGUAUGAUGAUGGAGGAAGGCGCAGGCAUGGUAGCCCCCCGAGGCGUGCAAGGAGCCCAGUCAGGGAAAGCAGUGAGGAGCGAAGGGCCAAGAUUGAGCAGUGGAACCGUGAACGCGAGGCAAAACAGUGA